GAUACCCCGGCGCCAUUGCGAUAGUACGAAGAACCAGUAAUCAGCAUUCCACGACGUUUCUUUCCAACCGCCAAUAAAAAUCAAGAAGAAGAAGAAGCAUUCCACUACAUUGACCGCACGAAGAGAACCACGAUGGUGGUGUAUUGUUGGGUUAAAGGGUGUAAGAACAGAGGAGACAAAAAAGUGAAGAGGAGUUUUCACUACAUCCCCAAAGUCAGGACGACAGAAGGUGAGCAAACUUUGCGACUUAGCAUCGAGCGUCGUCGAGUGUGGCUAGCUAAUAUCCGGAGGAAAGAUCAACCGUCCAGUACAUCACGGAUUUGCUCUGAUCACUUUAUUAGUGGCAGACCUGCAGACUUGUACGACAGAUCCAACCCAGAUUGGGCCCCUACCUUGAAGCUGACCAAAGAAGCAACUCCCGAGGAAAUUGAACUAAGAAGGAGACUCUCUGAAGCCAAUUUGAAAAGAUACCAAAGAGCGAAGUACCGAUCUCGCAGAAAGAACAAGAUCAAUGCAGCCACUGCCUUGCUGGAUCAUCACUAUGCGCAGGGGGGAAAUUUCACUGCAUCAUCACUUCCUGGUUCAGCUUCAAAACUUCCCAGUCCUACCUCAGAUGUUCAUUUUGUCAAAACAUGGAUAGUCAUUCCACAUGAACGAAUAGUAGCUCCAAAUGAUGAUUGUGUAAUGGGAGAGGUCAUGAAGACCAGGGCUGAAACAAUUAAUGAGAGAGACGAUGAUGAUGAUGAUGAUGAUGAUGAUGAUGAUGAUGAUGAUGAUGAUGAUGAUGAUGAUUAUGAUGAUGAUGACUCAAUUAUUGAAGUAAUCAUCAAUUAAUUUGAGUCCAUUUAAAAAUGUAAAGUAAUUUUUAACUGGACAAUACAGACUUUGAAAAUACAGUUUUUUAAAAAAACAACACAGUCGGAGUGGAUACUGAGCUAGAACUUCACAAAAACAUCUAUAUAUUUUGCAUAUAAGUUGAAAAACCUUCUUCAUAUGUAAAUAUGUGCUCCCUAGAGAGCCUAAAAUAAAAUUUCCUACAUGUUUUGCAUUAUUCAAUUUUUUGGCUAAUCCAAAGAAUUGUCAACAGAUUAGCCUUAAACUGAAUGGAUAAAUCAAGCAGACUGGACUGAGCUUUUCACAUGUUGACGUUAAAAGUAUUUUUGUAGCUGCAAAUACAUCCUUUGCAACAAAUGAUAACAUGUAUACCAAAAGAAUGGUACAUUAUUGCACUUUAGACAAUAAAAUGCUUAUUUCCUUUUUUUUUAAAAAAAAGGAAUUUAAUGAAUUUGUUUAUUUGAAUUGUUUAUGUAUUUUUAAUGUUGCAUAAACUACCAGAGCCUUAGGGAUCACUGCAUUUUCACAUUUUCAAUAUUGAAUUUUUAUAACCUUUUUUAAUAUUAACUUUACAAGAGGUCAGAUGAUCCACAACUACUGUCAAGUAAUAAAAAGUUUCCACAUGCUUUUAUUUAAGGAAGAUGGAAGCCAACUGAUUCUUCUCUGGGUGUUUUAUUCAAAGCAGAUAAGAUGUGGGAACAUAAGCAUAUGAGAGCGCAGUUUUGGGGAGACAAGGCAUUUAUUUCACAUAGAGAAUAUAAUUAAUCAACAAAAUCACAACAGUUGGUUCAUAAAGAGGACAUAUUUAUUUAUUCUCUCGAAUAGACACUCUUCUACAUAAUCAAUUAAAAUUACCCCUUUUAAAUGACAGUUUUUCCAGGACAUUGUAAAUAGUACACUUCUGAAAUUUAUCUAGCCUCCCUUGUACCAUUGAUGUCGUUUAUGCUUUAAAUUUUGACAUAAAAUUCCGCUACAGUUUG